GUGGGUGCAAAUGCUGAUCUAAGUAUGAAUGACAACCAGAAAACUGAAGUCAAAAACUUCACUUGUACAUUUUAUGGCGACUUCCAGAUACCGUCUAACCCAACCUCUUUUGAAGAUGCAUUGAAGGUUUUUGCUGAUCUUCCAAAAUUGCUGGGAGAAAAACAAGACCUUGCAGUUCCACUGAGAGUUUGGCUUUAUCCUCUGGACAAACUUCACUCGAGAACUUCAAAACUUCAUAGAGACAUCAGCAUUGAUUUAACCAUAAAGACUGAAUCAGUGAUUGAGAGUUUAAAUACAGCUGAGAUGAAAUGGAGUGAUUUUCUGAAAGACUCUCCUGCACGGAUGUUUGCUGAAUUUCAUGAUAAAAUACAGAAAAUGAAGCAAAACAGCUACAUGUACAAGUUGAAACUCAUGAAGAAACUCGGCUCUUUGCUGCCAAACAUCCGCGGGGACAUAGAGAAGGAAACUGCACUGAAUGAUCUUCUACAAGAACAUGAUGAAUCUCCAUUCAGAGGAAGUGACCUCACAGAAUGGCUGAAAGAGAGAGAAAGAGAGUCUGAGAUCAUUAAAACAAUCAUCAGACAGCUGAAAGACGUUGAGGUAAAAGACAACAUUGAUCUCAUCAAGAUGGAUUUGGAGGUUGGGAAUCUGGUCAGCUACACGUUUACAUCAUUGAACUGCUCAGAUGUUCUUCUUCAACAACAAACCGCCUAUCUGAGUCCUUCAACACAAGGAGAAACUGAUGUGGAGAGCCCUGAUUUCAAGCGAAAGUCUUGGCUAACUCCUGAUAUCCAAAAGUCCAUGAGGAGCAACUUGAAGAUAUUUAAGAACUUGAUCAAUUCAAACAGCUGUGAACAAGACAGGUUCAUUGUGUCAUCAAAGGAAAUGGAGAAUCAUCCUGGUUCCUGCAUUAUUCUGUACGGAAGUGAAUGUGAUGAAGCUGUUUGCUUUACUCCUCCAUCCAAAACCAGCCUGUCCGAUCACUGAAGAGGUCAAAGGUCAGAAUGUGGUUCUGAAGGUUCCUCCAUCAUGUCCUGCUACAGUGGAGCUCAGAUUACUGUAUAAAGCGAAGCAGGACACAGUCUGGACAUCUGAACCUGUGCUGAAGGAUCAACACACAGUUACUCUGACUGAUCUGAGAGAAGAAACUGAGUAUGAGAUCAAAUGUGCAGCGGUGGGGAAACUCAACUACACCGUAGACAGUGAUGUGAUCAGAGUCAUCACAGAGAGAAAAAACAAGGACAUUGGAACAGCAGGAAUCAGAGCAGAAGAAAUAUAUCAUCUAUUUCACAGACUUCAUCUUAAAUACCACAAUAAACUGAGAGCUGCAGAUGUUCUUCAGAUAACUGAACAUUCAUUACAGUCCCAUGAAUCUUGUGCAGAAGAAGAGCUGACUCAGACUUUUCUUCAAAAACUACUGAUGAUGGACUACAGAUCAAGAUACAUUAAAACUAAAAAUAACAAUGAGGAAGAUCACACACAACGAAGAGACAAUCACUCAUCUGAAGAUGAAGGUGAUAUUUUUCAUGAAAUGGUUUUGUCUAAUGAAGGAGCAAGUCAGUUUAAGAGGAUUCACCCCAUGGAUGUCCAGAUGGCCAUGUUUCAUUGUGCCGAUAGUUUCCUAAAGCAGAUGUUGGUCACUAAACUGUCCCAGUGUCAGUACGCUCUGCCUCUGCUUGUUCCUGAUCCAUUCACACAACAGAUUGAGUUUCCUCUCUGGACAUUCAGACAAAUCAACAAGAGCUGGAAGAUGAGAAACACCAACAAUGAAACCAUCAGUCGAACCCAGCCGAUCUACAAGGCAGAAAUUCCAAUGGUUUUUUUCUUCAGGUUUGGUUCUGUGUCUUCAUCCAAGUCUCAGCUGAUGAACAGUCUGAUCAAUGAGAAACACAACACGUUCUUCCACAGGAACUGCCCAGGCAGCAGCAGAACCAGAGUCCUGAUGGAUGGAGUGGUGGAGAUCGCCUGGUUCUGCCCCUCUGAAUCAUAUGAUGAUAAAUUCACUGACUGUGUUGCGUUCUGUAAUCUACAUGGUGAUGCAGGAGACCAUGAGAAACAGCUGCAGAUCCUCACUGAAAUGGCCUCAGUCAAUGUUGUUCUGCUAUUAAAACUGGACAGGAAUGACAGACAUGCAGCGAUAAUUCAAAACUUGUACAGGAACAGAAAGCCACUCAUCUGUCUUUUUACUGAAGAUGAAUCUGCUGUAAUUGAGACGAAGACAGGAAAAUUCAAAAUUGGUUUAAAAGACAGAAAUCAGUCAGAAGUAUCUGAUGAACUCAGAAGAGUUCUCAAUGGUUGUCUCGCAGAAUCAUCUUCCACUUUCAGACUUGAAGAUGUGUCCAAACACUCAAACAUCAGAGUAGAUGUGGAAGAUGAUGAAGACUGCAGAAGAGGAAGAGAAGCAGCACAGCAGAUGAUGAGUUUACUGGAGAAGAAAGAUCUGACAGAAAUCAAAGAAUCAUUUCUGCCUCAUCAGGGGAAACUGUGGCAUCAGUGGAGUCAGAAGAACAAAGAACUACAUCGACCUCAAGGAGAAGAGACUGAAAUGGACAUCAGUAGAAAACAAACAAAGAUGCAGAAAAUCCGUGAACAACAGCAUGAAUCUGACAACAGUGAGUUUAUGAAGCUCUUUAUUAAAGAAAUUAUCACAGACACUGGACAUAAUAUGUAUUUCAUUAAAUGGCUCGGAAUUCUUCUUGAUGAAUAUACCUCAGCCGAUCUUUCUGCUCUUCAUCAGAGGCAUAAUAAAAAGAGGCCAAGAGACAAAAAACUGAAAGAGAAACAUGAUAAAUAUGAAAACCUCUGGGCUGAACAAACCAAACUUGUAAAAAUAUCUGAGGAUCUUCAAACUACAGCCUUUGGGUUGGAGCACAUCAUGAGGGAGAUCGGUCAGAUCUAUGAAUCAUGUUCAUCUGUGCAGAAGAACAAGAAAGACCUGCAGUCCGACUUCUCUUCUCUCCCGAGUCUUGCAGCAGAGAUGAUGAUCUCUGGAUUUCCACUGGAGCUGAUGGAUGGAGAUGCUGCUCAUGUUCCUGUUGUCUGGAUCUCUGCUGUUCUAGAUGAACUCAUCCAGAAACUGGGAGACCAGAGACUCUUUGUGCUGUCAGUUUUAGGGCUUCAGAGCUCUGGGAAAUCCACCAUGCUGAAUGCCAUGUUUGGACUCCAGUUUGCCGUCAGUGCUGGCAGGUGCACCAGAGGAGCUUUCAUGCAGCUGGUCAAAGUGUCCGACGAGAUGAAAACACUGAUGAACUUUGACUAUAUUCUGGUUGUUGAUACUGAGGGUCUUCGUGCUCAAGAACUGGCUGGAAGAUCAACAAGAGAUCAUGACAAUGAAUUGGCCACAUUUGUUGUUGGUCUUGCAAAUCUGACAUUGAUCAACAUCUUUGGAGAAAACGCAGCUGAGAUGCAGGACAUUCUUCAGAUUGUUGUUCAGGCCUUCAUGAGGAUGAAGAAGGUCAGACUGAAUCCCAGCUGUAUGUUUGUGCAUCAGAACAUUUCAGACGUCACAGAUGAAGAGAAAAACAUGGAGGGAAGGAAACGACUGCAGGAGAAACUGGAUGAGAUGACAAAACUCGCUGCUAAAGAGAAAGUCUGUGAUGCAGAAUGUUUCAGUGAUGUCAUUAGAUUUGAUGUUCAGAAUGAUGUGAAAUAUUUUGCUCAUCUUUGGGAGGGCAACCCACCGAUGGCACCACCAAACCCAAACUACUGUGAGAAUAUUCAAGAACUAAAGGAAUCUAUUAUAUCUCAUGCCUCAAAAUCACAUGGAUUGAAGCUGAAAGUAUUAAAAGACUGUAUUAAGGAUCUCUGGGAGGCUUUACUGAAUGAACGAUUCAUCUUAAGCUUCAGAAAUCCUCUGGAAAUUUCAGCCUACAGGAAACUGGAAACAAAAUACAACAAAUGGUCCUGGAGUCUCCGCAGUGCCAUGAUGGAAACUGAGAACAAACUACACAACAAAAUAGAAAAUGAAGCAAUUCAUGAGGUUGAGGAAACUGAUGUGAAAACAGAACUGAAGAUGACAAAUGAAGAAGUGAAAAACUCAAUCUCAGGUUUAUUUGAGAAAGACACUGAUGCAGAAAUUCUGAUUCAGUGGAAAAUAUCAUUUGACAUCAAAAUUAAAGAGCUUCAGGAAAACGUUGCAAGAGAAACAAAGAUGAGAUUAAAUGAGAUUCUUCAGCAGCGAGAACUGAAGAAAAAGAUUGAUGCUCAGAAGACACAUCAUGAAAAUACUCUCUAUGAAAAGAGCAAAAACCUUGCCUUAAAACUCAAAGACAAAGCAAAUGAUGAAGAAACACUAAAGAAAGAGUUUUAUUUGUUUUGGAAACAAAGUGUAAAGAAGAUCAUCAGAGACACUCCUUCAAUCAGAGAAAUUGAUUUAAUGAGAGAUGUGAGAGAGAUCCUAAAACUCAUCUAUAAAAGUGCUCCUGAAUACCAAUAUGGUGAGAGCUGUGAUAUAUUUACUGUGUCAACUUAUUCUGAAUAUGUUAUUUUCAGAAAGCCCACAAAAAGAGUUAAAGAAACACAUGGAUUUGCUCACACUCUGUCUCCAGAGGAUGAAACCCAGAUAAAAUCAUUAGUCACUGAUGUUGUUCAGCAGACAGACAAAAUGAUUCAGUCAUUUAACAUUUCAAAGAUGGGCUACAACAUCAGCUGCAUUCAACAACUCAUAGAUUACAUCAAGACAAGAGUAACAGAACAUCAGAAAGGACAAGUAAAAUAUGUGUUCAAGAUUGAUUUCUUCAUGGAUUUGGUUAUUUCCAUCUGUAAGAAAGCAAACAAGAUGAUCACUGACCAACACAGACUGUUCAGAGAUGCCAAUGAUCCUAAGAUAUAUGUAGAGAAGAAGAAAGAAGACUACUACAGUGUUUUCCAGAAAUACUGUCAUGGAGCAACAUCAGCUACCAUUUUUGGUGAGAUCAUCUGUCAGAAACUCAAAGAGCCCAUUGAACAGAGUGUCUACAAGAAGACUGCCAGAGAUCUGACAGGUGAAAUCAGAUCAAACUGUGAAUCACUGAAUGGAAACAGAUCAAAUCUGGAGAAACACAUCCUGAAGACAAUGGCAGAAGAGGAGGACUUCAACAAAUACAUGAACUACAUUGAUAAUCCCAGAGAUCAUUUCAAGAGUUUCAUCAGAGAUGAAGUCAGUCGGUACAUCACUGAUAAGUUCAGUGUCAGUGUUUUACACAAGAUGAAGGAGAACAUUGAACUCCUGCAGCAGAAGAUCAUGAAAGCAGCACAUGAAUCUACUGAACAUGUUCAAGUGAACAGUGGAGAUGUUGAUUUGUGGUUGAAGAGUUUCACACAGCAGAUCUCAGAUGCGCUGAUCUUCUCUGAAAAAGACCUCAAUGGAGUGAAACAUGAUGUUGAUGAUUUCAACCUCCUAGAAGAUGUGAUAAGACAAGAACUUCUUUCUGUAAUGUCUGACAUCAGCAGUAGAUUAAACACAGAGACAUUUCCAGUAAAUCUGGACUAUAAGUUCAGACCAGAUGAGCUUCUGAUUGAUCACUUCUGCCAGUCCUGUUGGGUUCAGUGUCUGUUCUGUAAAGACAUUUGCACCAACACUACAAAAAACCAUCAUGGAGAUAACAGUGCUCCUUUCCACAGAGUGAGAGCAAUUAAUGCAAGGCAUUUCCCUCAAGCACAGUAUCUCUGUGCUGUUAUUUGCUCAAAAUUAGUGGUGAGUGAUCAAGAUUUCUAUGCAACAGAUGGAAGCCUUCUUUCUAGAGAAUACAGAAGAGCAGGAGGAGUUUAUGAAGACUUGAGCAUCACCUCUGAUCUCUCUGAACUGCCCUACUGGAAGUGGUUUGUCUGCAGAUUCCAGAAAAAGCUCCAAAAAUACUACAAUAAAACAUUUGAGGAGAGGGGUGAGAUCCCUGUUAAAUGGAGAAAAUACUCAAAAAAGGAAGCUAUUGAGAGUUUGGAUCAGUGCAUCUAAUGAAGCAGAUAAAAAGCAGAUAAAGAAUCUUCCAUCUCCCCUCAGAUUCUCCUCAGAUCACAGCCAGAAAUGAGUUUCUAUUAUACACCAGUAAAACUCCAAACUCAAACCUCAUAGAGAAAUGAUAGAGUACACUGGAUACAAGAGCUUUGGAGACAAUAUUCAAUCUAAAAGUGUUCUGUUCAAUAGAGGUAAAAUGCCAAAAAGAUUUACAGUUUAUUUUUUACUUGAAUUUUAGAAAUUUGUAUUGAAAAAAGUUAUGCAACCUUUACUAAAACAUAAUUGUUAUUGUGGUUUAUUCUAUAGUUUUUUUUUUUUGUUUUUUUUUUUUUGCCAAUUAUAGCUGUUUUUUGUUCUGUAUGUUAAGAUAUUAAAUUAGCUGUAGAUAUUCAAAUGAGUUUUAUGUUAUUCAUAUUAUAAAAGUAUUUGCUGUUUAGAAAUACAAAAAAAGCAUCAUUCAAAACAACUAUAUGUAGUAUUGUCGAUUAGUCGAUGUAUAAUCUAGAAAUCAGUGUUCCAUCAGAGUGAUUUUGACACUGAUAUUUCAAGGUAAAUUACAUAAAUUUGCUUUUAUCAGAUUUCUAAAACAUUGAAACAUUUCCAUACUGUGAUCAUUAUAUCUAAUGCUUUGUGCGCUUGUACAAACAAUGACUUGUGGUUCAAAU